AAAAAAGCCUAAAUCACGGAAGAGAUUCUGCUGUCCUACUAGUUUGGCAAGUUCUCUGGGCUCAAAGCAACGUAGAAAGGCGGAGAAGAGGGCAGAAACUCACAUUUUGCGCACAUUUAUACACUUCUCUUGUCCCGCGGACGGUAUACGAGAGAGGAGUCAUGGAGGGUGCCAUUCAGACUAUGGUGAAGGUCUUCCUGAAGUCGACCAAAGGAAAGGAGAGUCUAGGAAAGAAAGAAUUCCAGGACCUCGUCAAGGACCAGCUCUCCAACAUCCUUUCGGGCACAGACAGCAAGGAGGCGGUCAACAAUAUGGGCCAGGGACUGGAUGCCGACCAGGAUGGCAAGGUUGGUUUUGAGGAGUACAUGAAGCUGGUCGGCUACCUGGCGGUGUCGCUCAGCGAGCAGCGCGGUCUCGCCAAGGAGGAGCCUCCCCAAAAUGCUGCAGGCGAACAAGAGGCACAGAGUACCCCGGACAAAGAAGAGGAGAAACCAGAGGCAAAGGAGGAGGCGAAGCCUGAGGUGUCUGAAGAGCCAAAGGCAGACGCAACUGCUGAAGUAAAGGUAGAAGCAAAUGCAGAGCCAAAGGUAGAAGUAAAGGUAGCAGAGGAGACGAAGCCUGAGGUACCGAAGGUGGAGGAGAACCCACCUGCAGCGGCGGCGGCAGUGGUGACUGCAGCAGUAGAAGAGGCGGCAUCGGCAGUGGAAGUGGUCGUGAAAGAGGAGGAGGUGGAGAUAAUAGAUAAGGUGGAGGAAGCUGCAGAGAAGGUGGCCGCGGUCGUGGAAGAAGUGGAGAAGAAGACAGAGGAGGCGACCUCAUAGGGGACAAUCCAUUCCUUCACAAAAAAAUCACACUACACGCUUACAUACAACACUACACACAUGACAGCAAUAAUGCCAAAAUAAGUCGGUAAGACACUAAAGAAUUAUUUUUUCCAAGAGCGCACAACUCUGAAAUACAACAUUGGUCAAAGUUCAAACACUACAAGCCCAGCUCUGAAGAAAGCCCAGACCUUAUGAUGAAUAAUACAUGUACAUGACACGAGUAGAAUUAUUGCUUUGUACUACAAGUUACCACUAUGUUCAUAUGUACAGCAUGUGCAUCCCACUAUAUAGCACAUUUACCUCAUUAUCAUAAUAUACUAUGAUAGCAUGCAGACGUACACUAUCAUAUGCAUGUCGAAUCCCUGUGAAAAUCUAACUGCAAAAUAUGAUUUACCUGCAGCAGCACACUGACGCAUGGGACCAAAGUGUCGCUGUAUGUUAACACACCACUGCAGCCAAGAUGUUUAGUUUAUAUCUCGUCCUCUCCCCACUUUUUUUUUUUUUUUAUCUUUAUCUGGGUCUCUUCUUUAACUCUUCUACACUAAAACAGCAGCAUACGUCUUGUUAAGCACUAAUGGCUUCAGGUAAUGGUUUAACAUCUUGGGAUGUACGCCUAUUAGCUUUCUUGCCAAGAGUUAGACGAGAUGAUCAACACUACUCUUGAAUACGAUGUUUGACAGGACUACACUUAUAUGUGUUCACUGAAUAUGAAGCUACAAGUAGUAGCUCAACUUAGCAUGAAGACGAGAAACAGUAAGCCUCUGUCCAAAUCUACGAGCACAUCUGUGCAGAUGAAACAAAAAAAACGUGUUAAUUAGUUACCUGUAUAGGUUUCCGGUGUUUAGAUUGUCCCAUCUAACUUUUAGCAAGAAGGGUAAAUCAUUUCCCAAAAAUGUCAAACUAUUCCUAAUGUGAUUGCAUGAAAUCUGUCAAAACACUAUAUACAUUUUUUUUUUACAUCCUCAUUUUUUAACUCACAAUGCUAUGGAGCUGAUUUGGCAUGACAAUAAACAAAUUGUUUUGCUGGAGCUUUGCAUUAAUUCAGCUCAUUUCGAUUGUGUGCUCAUUCAUGCCCCAUCACACCCUCUUUCCUCUCUUUCUCUACUUUAUGAGCUCUCUGUCUCUUUUUUUUUUCUGUAAUUCCCAGAGAGGUUCACUUCGUGUGUGGGUCCUACAGUGUAUUAGCUUUACUCAGAGUCAGCCAUGGAUUGGGAACUGGAAGAUCAGGUGUGGCCAUUGGCUAAAUAAUUAAGGUUGAAGAAUGGAAUCCACACCAAAGGACCCUUACGGUCAAAGGGGAAACCCAAAAUAGUCCCAUGGGAGUGGGUUUGGUGACUAGAGCCGCAGGUCAAAGAAGGUGUUCAUGCAACCUAAUCCACCUGGAUUAGAACUGGUAGAGAAGAACAUGGUAACAAUGACCAAAAAGCCUGUGACAGGUGUCACUCGAUUCAGUUAGUGCAUUUUUAUGUGCCAAAAACAUAUGGCAUUUCAAUGUUCAGGUUCUACCCAUUGAUCCAUAAAGGUGCUGGACAGUACAUUAUCACCUGGUUAGUACUGGAUUGGAGUGACAGAAACAUGACCUCUGUUUUGGAGGCUCUAUUUAAAAUUGCUAAUUGUUGCCUGUUGUUUUCCGCUGGUUUUAGCUUUGCUUGUUCAGGCUUGCGUGUUUGUUUGUCGGUCACACCCUCCUACAGUUUAAGGACCCCGUUUGACCUGCAACUGGAUCUUUGAGUCUCAGGCAUUGGGAAACUACUGGAUUAGGCAUUUGAUGGGUAACACACCCUGGGACACAAACAAUUACAUGAAAGUAAUCCCGGGCUCCAGUGAUCCUGCCCAUCAGAUGAGGUGGUACUGUCAGAGAGACUGUUGUCAGAGGUUGUGCUUGUUUAAGCAAAAACGAUAAUACUGUGAGCCAUCAAUAUGAAUCUAUAUGGUGUGAUCUUUUACAACAGGCUAGUACAUAACAUGUUGCAUGCUAUGAUAAACUUAUUUGUUAGUAUUACCAUGGUUUUUGCGGUUAUUGUGGCCAAAUAUUUAAGUUUGACAUGGCUUCUUUAUAUUUAACUUUUUUUUUUACUCUUUCUUGUUUGGACCACUAUGGAGAUCACUUGAAAGCAUUACUUCGUUGUCACAUUAUAUGCAAUUUGUUAAUUACAAUUUAAUGAUUUGUAAAUUGUCUCAGCAUUAAUAAUGCAGCCAUGAGAAAAAGGCUCGUGUUGCAGACCUGCUAUGUUAUAGGUCUACCUGGCCAGCCGCGCAGUGCUUAAGGCACACACAUUUUGGGCACGCUACCAAAUGUGCACCUUAUGCACUGUAACAGCACCUGGCACUUCAAACUGCUCAGCAGCAAAAUGGGCAAGACAAAUAAACCUGAGUCAUGUGGUCACCCUGUCUCACUGCGACACUCCCAUUGCAAAUACUCUCUACUUACACUCACUCUGCUCAGCUUUUGUACCCACUGCACGCUGCGUUUACUGCAUGCUCUAACACUAACAAACUUACUGGAUAUUUGGGGCUAUUUAGACUAUUUUAUGACUUCUUUUUUAUUAAAACUUGUAUUUUUUUUAUAUCAAAACAUUUUCUAACUAUGGUACUUGUACUUAAAAUGAAAACAUAUCACUUUCUUGCACCAUCUACAGCCAGCUUUCUGUUCAACAUGUACACAGGCCUCAGGCACUUGCAUCUUGUAUAUAUAAUAUACUGUAUAUACAGGCAAGCUGCAUACUAUAUUUGCUAUUCCCCGUGGCCAGGCGUGUUUCGUGCAUGUUUGUGAGUAGAAAUAUGGUAAGAAGAAACUGGAUGAAGCGAAAUUCACUUUACAGGCAUGUUUUAAGAAUGACUUGGCUUGCACUAGCAGCAGAUUCCUGAACAGACCGGGGCUAAACAUCAUCUGGAAAUUAUUUUAUUGCAACUAAUGCUUUCUUUUUAACCUAUUUGGAAUAGCAAAUGGAGCGAGUGAACUGUGAGAGCUAAGUUUUCUUUCAAAGAAUUUGAACUGUCUGCGCCGGCAAAUUUUUGUUACUAUCCCCAUAAUGUUAAACCCCACCCAAUUUUAACUCUGUGUAGAUUAAGAACAUGCUGGAACGAAACACAGCAGAUUUGCAGCGGGGAGUGUUUGCAGCCAGAUUUUCAUUGCCACACAAUAAGUCUCAUUCAUUCUGUGACACAAUAGAUAAAUAAAAGCCUGUGUUAAGAAUCCUCCCAGUGGAUAUUCAGUGUACAUACAAGUAUAUGAAUGUGCUUCAAAGGCCAAAAUGUUUGUGAUUAUGGGACCAUUCCCAGAAUAUUGUGCAGGCUUCCAUCACUGUGCGCUGAUGUACUCUGUUUAAUUCCUGCCAAGUACUAGAGGGUGUGUGUGUGUGUGUGCUUAUCAGUAGGACUCAGUCCAGUAAACUCCACUUUGCUAGUAUUUCAACUUCAUAUGUAACGCUGUAUCAUUUUUGCUUAUUCUAUGUAACAUGUGUAAUGGCUUAAUAUUGAAUAAAACUGUGACAAUAA